AUGGGCAUCAGGGAUAUUUUUUUCUUGCUGAUGUUGGCUGCCAUUUUUCAAAGCUCCGCUCUUGCCGCAGAGCGCGGGCGUGAGCUUCUCGCUCAUCACGUGGGAGCUGUGAAGCCAUCUCUUGGCAGCCUGUGGCGCGCAAGAGUGAACAGCAGGAUCGCUGGCGCCUCCAUUUCCACUGAAUCAAGAAGCUCUGCUCCUGCUAGCGGUGCUAGUGGUAGCAGCAGCAUCCGGCCCGGGAGCAAUGCUGGAACUUCCAGCAAAGCAGCAGCAACUAGUACUGUACGAAGUGCUGCAGCUGCUAGUGGAGGAAAUAGAACGCUUGAGAACAGGUCUGCAGCAGUGGUGAAGGCGAAAAAUAUCACAGUGGGAACAGGUCUUGGCAAGACCGUUGGAGCUACGAGCCGCACAGCAUCCGCUUGUGAUGUGUCGUCGCUUGCCGACUACACCUCCUCCGUUCAGCUCUCCUCCGACCUAACCCUCCACUGGAAGGCUGCAAGUGCAUCCAAAGUCAAUCUAGCCCUGGAGGCAGCAUCGGGCAGCACGGCAGCAGCGGGGUGGUUCUCCCUGGCAUGGUCUGCAGACGGCCGCAUGGCCCCCGCUGAUGCUGUCAUUGGGAACCUGCCUGGGGGCGCUGUGGCGGCUUAUUACAUGAGCGGCUAUGAGCUCAGCAAUGUGCAGCCUACAAGCACCUUCGAUAUUGGCAACGCGGUCCAGACUAAGUUCUCCCGCGUUACAGGCGAUGGCUCCGUGCCAGUGAACGUUGGCGGCAGCAACACACUCAUCUGGGCCUUCUCUCAAGGCGGCUCCCAGUCCCUCGGGUUCCACGGGGAGAACGACGGAGAGACCACAGUUGACUUCUCCUGUGACGGCUCCUCCUCCUCCGCUCCCCCCUCCACCUCCCCACCUUCCUCCCCUGCACCCCCCUCCACCUCCCCACCUUCCUCCCCUGCACCCCCCUCCCCUUCCCCUCCCUCAACCUCCCCUCCCUCCUCCUCCUCCUCCUGUGCCGCCUCCACCAUCACUGGAUACACCUACUCUGCACCCCUUGACUCCUCUCUCACCCUCCACUGGCACACAGCCAGCGCCACCAAAGUUAACCUAGCCCUAGAGGCAGCAGCGGGCAGCACGGCAGCAGCGGGGUGGUUCGCCCUGGCAUGGUCUGCAGACGGCCGUAUGGCCCCCGCUGAUGCGGUGAUUGGGAACCUGCCUGGGGGCGCUGUGAAGGGUUAUUAUAUGGCCGGGUAUGGGCUGGGCGAUGUGCAGCCUACAAGCGGCUUCAGUAUUGGGACUGGUGCGGCAUUGACUACUGCUGCUAGUGGCUCCAAAGUCAUGAAUGGUGAGCUCACAUUGGACUUCUCUUGCACUACCUCAUCCACUGGUGGUGGCAUCGGUGGUGGCAUUGGUGGCGGUGACAACAACGGAGGUGGCUUUGGAGAGGGGCACCAUGGGCAUGGCCAUGGGCACGGGGGUGGCGAUGGGGAUGGCGAUGGGGAUGGCGAUAGGGAUGGCGAUAGGGAUGGCGAUAGGGAUGGCGAUGGGCGUGGGGGGCUUGGAGAGCGUGGGGGUCCGGGAGGUCUUGGGGGUCAUGGCCAUGGUGGUGGGGUUGGAGGGGGUGUGGUGGGGAACUCGACUGGUGGUGGGUGGGGUGGCAGUGGUUUGGGCGGUUGGUGGAACUGGUUGGGCCGGUGGUAG